AUGUCAACUAUUGAAGAAGGAAAACGUGGGGAAGACAAAGAAGUCACUCCAAAAGUCGCUAGCGCUGGACCACUUGGCAUGUGGUUAAGUGCAUUUGCUUUAUCAGUAUUUGUAUUAUCGAUUAAUAAUGCUGGAUCCUCAUACCUACAACUUCCAAAUAUUACAGUAGGAUUAGCAUUAACUUAUGGUGGGAUAGUACAAAUAUGUGCAGGAUGGUGGGAUCUUACCGUUGGAAAUAGCUUUGGUGCCACCGCUUUUUGUUCUUAUGGUGCUCUUUGGCUCUCUUACGCUGCAAACUUCCUUUUUAACCUUACAGAUUUUGUGGUACCCGAUGACCCUUUUGCAGUUGAUCAUGCUAUUGGAAUAAGUUUAAUAGGAUGGGAAAUCUUUACGUUCCUUAUGACAUUAGCGGCGCUCAAGACAAAUGGAGCAUCUUUGUUAUUAUUCGUUUUCGUAAAUAUCACAUUUAUCUUACUUAUAUUAGGGAAAUUUUUCCAACUUAAUGAAGAUAUAAAGGGACCAAAUGGUUUAACAAAAGCUGGUGGUGUAUUCGGUAUAUUUGUCGCAUUAACGGCUUGGUAUAACGCAUUUGCUGGAUUAAUAACCCUCGAAAAUUCUUAUUUCACUUUACCCGUUUAUGAUUUAAGUCGUAAGAACAAAUAGAAAAUAAUUUUUUGUACAUAAAUAUAAUUUAUAUGACAAAUUAGUACAUGUUUACCGUAAAAAAAAAAUACAUAUAUACAUAUACUGCAAACUAGUUAAACCAAUUUAUUCAUUUUAUAUUAAUUUUAAUAAAUGAUAAAAAUCUAUUAGU